AUGCCCACCGAAUACCCCGUCGAAGUCCUCAACGCCAUCUGUGCCGCGGUUUAUCACUCGGCCUCCCCCGCACCCCUCAGCUCUCUCGACCCGGUAAUCCAUCCGACCGUAUUUACGUUACCAGCACCUACAACUCUCCCUUCAUCAUAUCCACCAACAAACUGGCCAGAGCCCGUCGCAAGACUCACCCUCACAAAUCUCUCGCGGGUCUCCCGGGCAUUCUACAAAGCCACCCGCGAAUAUGUCUGGCGACGCGUCGAAAUCAGGCUACCAAGAACAUGGAUCGCUCUCGUAGAGGAGAUUACCGGUGGCGAAGAGAUUGUCGAUGAAGAAGCCGCGAACUUGGUAGAGCAGUCCCUUAGCGAAGCCGCAUCCUACGUCUUUGCCGCGACCAGUCCCACAAAAGAACUUGACAGAGAGGCCCUCUGGAAACUCCGCGCCAUUAUUCGAGAACGAUUGGAGAGAGAUGGGCCGCUUCCUCCCGAAGUCCUUACACCUCCAGAGUCUCGCGACGCAAGCCCCAUGCGUCCUCGUCACCGAAGUAUCGACGCCCGUCAUCGGAGCAUCUCGAGCUCCCGACCUGGUGGCAUGGAUGCACGAAGGCACAGCAAGAGCCCCGGAAGAUGGAGAGUCAUCCGCGCUGUCAGCAACGCAACUAGAAGUGUCGUUGAGUCUGUCCGUCCUGAUGUCUAUGUACAAAUGCCGCAAGACUCGCGGCCCGGCCGAUACAUCCUUCAUCUAGACUUUAACCACUUUAGGACGAUCGGCCUUCGUCGCUCCGUAGGCGAAGGUGUCCACUCACGUUUUGUCACUGGCGAGCGAUUGCACCUCGCCCUCAAGGAAAUGCCCAACCUCGUUACAUUUGGCGCAACAGAGUACAUGGAUGGGGCGCUCACCUUUCCCGUCUUGGCAGAAUUAUUAUUCCGCGGCCGACCUUUGAGGGAGCAACAACGGCAACCGAGCCGAGGACGUAAUCCGAGCCCGGAAGAGCAAGAGCCUGGACCGUACGACUGGCACCGACGCCAAGAUGCUCAGUCUCUCGUAGCGCUCGAUCUAUGCGGCUGUGUGAGUGCCGUAUUCGUCAAGGCACUCACAGAAUUCACCAUCAUGUAUCUCAUGACGCCCGACCGCCCACGCCAAACGCUGCAACCCGAGGAGAUGACUCGAGGUCGGGUUCGUUUCGAGGAAGAGGAAGACACGGCAAUCUUGUUCCCUAGGCUAAAGAGACUUUGUUUACGUUCGGUUUCGUCCGUGUCGGCACCCAUCCUCUCGCGCUUUGUCCUCGCGUUCCCCUCGCUCACGCACCUCGACCUCUCCGGCACACGCUGCGAAUCGGACUUGUUGUACGACCUUGCCAAAUCCGACACUAUCAGGCUAGUUUCACUCAGCUUGGGGAGGUGUACGCGCCUCACUGGGGGUGCAGUGAAGGAUUUCCUCCUCGACGGCAAGUGUGUGGCGGAGCUGGAGCAUCUCUCACUCUUUGGAGAUGUCACUUGUCCUUUCCCUAUCUCGGAGACGGAGCUUGAAGCGAUCCUGAAAAAUGCACCAUGCAUCCAAAAUGGUCGACUGACCUACUUCGACCUAUCCUCUCAUCCACUCACGCCCUCUCUCCUCGACACCAUACCCCCGCAACCGUCACUACGAUCCUUUGGCCUCUCCUUCAUUACUGAACUUCCUUUGACAUCGAUUGCAACGUUCCUCAGAGAAAAGGCUCCAAACGUCGAGAUUAUCACCCUCAGCUCGACGUCUCCGGAGCUAUCGCCAACAACACCAAUUCGUCAAAGUACAAUCGCAGUGCACAACAUGCUCAUCGGUCAACUUACCACGGUACCGUUUAGUCUACAAGCAAAAGGUGUCCUGGCAUCGUUCCUCCUCCCUUACCCAACGAGUCCACCCACGUCUCCCACCAAUAUCCCCACGAUCAUGACGACCACCAACACGACAACGCCAGCAAAGGAACCGACAAAGUAUCCCCAAGCCCCGACUAAACUGCGCGUUAUCGAGCUCAGCCCACACAUCCUGACCGCACUCGGAUCCGGAGCGGGCUCAUGGCGUGUGAUAAGGAGUAAAGGCGCGCGAGGAUGGUACGUCGAUACGAGCUGUGGGUGGUGCGCAGAGGUGGGCGACGAGGACGCGAUCAUGACGAGCACAAACGCGAGCUCUAAGGUCUCUUCGACUGUGGCUAAUGGAGAGUAUGCGAAUGCGAAUGGGGAAAUUGGUGGAAAGGGUGCCAUUUUCAAGCGCAAUCUCACCUCGGAUCACCCACUCCGCAAGGGCUUGGAAGCACUCUCGGAGAGCGGUGGAAAUGUGAGCACGGCAGUUGGAUGGCACGCGCGUAAAAUGGAGGUUCUGCACGGCGAUGGAAUGCUUGGACGAGAAGAUGGACUUUACGGCGCAAUGGCGUUUGCAUUUGCCGGUUGA